CAGCAGCAGCAGCAGCAUCAGCGCGCGCGGAGCGCCGCAGACUCAGAGCGACGCAGCGCGCGGCACCACGGCCCGGUUCCUAUGAAGGCUUCCCCCGGCGGAGCAGCGGCUGUUCCCCGGUGAUCAGUGAGAGGCGCGCGGCGUGCCAGUCGGUGUCUCCCCCGGUGUCUGGGCUCUCCUCGCGCACCGCAUCCCGCCGCCCCGAGAACACAAAAUGGCGGACAUCAUCGAGCUGGGACCCGCCUACGCCAUGUCUCCGGUGCUGGCGGGCUUCCUGGGCGCCGGCGUCCUGGUUCUGGUGGUGGUGGUUCUGAUCCUGCUCUGGUCCUUCUGCCAGCGCCGUUACCUGCGGGCGUCCGGACGCUACAAGCUGCACGGCGACCGCUACUGCGACGCCGAGGACCCGCCCUACAAGUUCAUCCACAUGCUGAAAGGCAUCAGCAUUUACCCAGAAUCCCUCAGCAGCAGUAAGAGGAUCGUCCGCGGCAUCCGGCGCGCCGACCGCUCCGACCGCGACGGCGAGCGGGGCGGCGCCGGCGCCGCCGGGCGGGGCAUGGUGCUGGUGGACGCCGAGAACAACAUCCUGGACGUCCCGGGUCAGCUGCAGAUGAGCCACCUGGUCCCGCCCACUGCCGGGCCGGGCCCCGCCCACUGCCAGGCCCGGACGGAGCGGGCGCUGCCGGUGCGCGCCGACUACUGCUGCCUGGACAGCAGCUCGGCCAGCAGCAGCCAGACCAGCAGCAAGACCGCGUCGCCCUUCACGCCCGCCUCCUCCGAGCCCGAGCCCGAGCCCAGCCUGGGCGCCGUCAGCCUCACCGUCGACUACAACUUCCCCAAGAAGGCCCUGGUGGUGACCGUGGUGGGCGCCCGCGGCCUGCCGGCCAUGGACGAGCAGGCGGGCAGCUCGGACCCCUACGUGAAGAUGACCAUCCUGCCGGAGAAGAAGCACCGCGUCAAGACCCGCGUGCUGCGCAAGACGCUGGACCCCCUGUUCGACGAGACCUUCACCUUCUACGGCGUGGCCUACAGCUCGCUGCCGGAGCUCACGCUGCACUUCCUGGUGCUCAGCUUCGACCGCUUCGCCCGCGACGACGUGAUCGGCGAGGCGGUGGUCCCGCUGAAGGGCGUGGACCCCAGCACGGGCCGGGUGCACCUCAGCCAGCAGAUCACCAAGAGGAACAUGCAGUGUGAGACCCGUGGGGAGCUCCUGGCGUCUCUGUCCUACCAGCCGGUGUCCCACCGCCUCAGCGUGGUCGUCCUGAAGGCUCGCCACCUCCCCAAGAUGGACAUCACCGGGCUGUCAGCCAACCCUUAUGUGAAGGUCAACGUCUUCUACGGCCGCAAACGCAUCGCCAAGAAGAAGACGCACGUGAAGAAGUGCACGCUGAACCCGGUCUUCAACGAGUCCUUCAUCUACGACAUCCCGCCCGAGCUGCUGCCGGAGAUCUCGGUGGAGUUCCUGGUGGUCGACUUCGACCGGACCACCAAGAACGAGGUGCUGGGCCGCCUGCUGCUGGGCCUGCACAGCGCCGCGCCCUCCGGCGCCGCCCACUGGAGGGAGGUCUGCGAGAACCCCCGCCGGCAGAUCUCCAAGUGGCACAACCUGAGCGAGUACUGAGGGGGCGGAGCCAGAGGAGGAGCAGGAGGCGGAGCCAGAGCAGGAGGACAAGCGCCAAGAAAAAAAACAAAAAACAGCUGGGACUGUACCAGUGGAACGACACUGGGAAAUACAGACUGAGUGUACAGCACACACACACACACACACACGCACACACACACACACACACACACACACACACACACACACACACACACACACAC